AUGAAAAAAAAUUUUCAGGCGGAGAUGUAAAAAAAUUUUAUAAUUAUUGCUCUCUAAUAAUAGUAAUUAUUACUUUUUGGGAUUUAUGCGAAAUAGGAGAAAAAUAAGAAAAUAUAAGAGAAAAUUUAAAAAUGCUAGGAUAAUAUAAAAUUAAUUUAGUGUUGUUUUUUGAGAAGAAUGAUUCUUCUGAGAUCAUUUGUUAGCAAAUUGAUGAAAUUAUCCCUAAAUCAGAAUCAUAAAAUAUCAUUUUACAAGAAAAUCACUAUCUUAAUAAUAUAUAUGAAUGAAGAGUAUGAUGGAGAUAUAUUUGAAAUUGAAAUCUUGAAAGAUUAUUAUAUCGCAUAUUCCUAUAAUUUUUAUAAAUAAGCAAUAAAACUAAUAUAAGAUAGCAAAAUUUCUCAAGGAUUAUAUCCAGAUUAUUAUUCUGCAUUAGCUUAAUUUGCACUAAAAACAGUAAAAGAAACCAUAAAAAAAAUUUGA